UUCCAUCUCUAGUGAGGUGCCUCACAUCUCAAGCUUGUGGAUAUGUAGGUGGGAGGAAGGGAGAUUUGUUUAUUUUUCGGAAGGAAAUUGCUCCAAUUUUCCCAAGACUGCUUCCAAGUAAUUUUAAUUUCCUAAAGGUCAGCAAUGUCGAAGCCACAAUAUCAAAAUAUUCAAUAUACUCGCGUCAUGAAUUUCAAGUAUAAAUCCAAAUAUAAACGGUUAAAGCGGCAGAUAAAGAAUUUCGUUUUUGAAAAUGCAGCGCUUUGUGAUGAAGUUGCACAGGUACAGGCUGAUUUGGCAAUAGCACGCGAAGAGCGCCGCUACUUAAUAAAACGCCUUAUGCGCCACGAGGGCGUCGAAAAUCUAGACCAACAGGAGCAAAUAGAGCAAGAAGCCAAUAUGCAGCCAACGAAAAACACGGUCAAGUUAGUGAAUGCAGUACCUAAGAAACGUGGUCCAAAGAAGCGUUUACAACCGCCACAGGGUCAAGAAAAGAUCGAUAAACGAUACAAGCCACGCGACAAAGUGACAUUGGACUCCAGUGGCAAACCAAUGUACCCCAUCAAUUUAUGCAAUAUACUUGUACAUUCACCUGGCGAGAUUAUACCUAUAAAUCCGAAUUUUCAUACGUCGAAUUGGAUCUAUCCCGUUGGCUAUGUGGCCACACGAAUAUACGCGCACCCUAAAGAUCCGCAGCGGAAAUGUGUAUACACAUGCAAAAUACUUAAUAACGCUGGCAUGCCUCAGUUCCAAAUUAUACCCGACAACGAUCUGGAUAGUGUUUUCUUUGGCGAAUCGGCAAAUAUUUGCCAUAAAGGACUGCUGGAAACCUUGCAAGGCAGUUUAAUCGAUGUCGUGCAGUUGCCACUGCAAGUACAAGGUGAAAAAUUUUUUGGCCUUGCCAAUCCGACUGUGAAAUCCCUGCUACAGAUGGAUCCAGGUUUUUCACAAUGCGCUAAUUUCAAAGGAUUUAUUGAGGAUACAGAUACCAACGGCAGCGAAAAAUUGUCUUUACUUGAGGAUAAGGAUCCCACAAUGAGUUUCGAUGCAUUACAAACAUUGAUUGCCGUAUCCACAUAUCACAACAUGCCCGAAGUGAAGGAUGAGCCACCGGACGAACUGCUGGAUUUUAAGUAAUUCAAACAGCAUUUUUUAAAAAAAGUUGAUUGCAAUUUAUUCAAAUUAUUAUUAGCGCGUUUCAAUACGUAUUUGUGUACAUAUGUAUAUACGAGUACUUAUAUAAAACGUGCGACAGUAAAAAAUUGUCCGAUUCAUUUGUUACGACAUACAUUGAAAACUUUAUAUCUAAUUUGCGAAAAUAUGCUUUUAAAUAUAUAAAGAAUAAGCAUCUACAAAAUGUA